UUUGCUCCUGUCUACUAUCCUUUAGACUAUCUUCUAACAAACAUCAAGUGAGUAUCUCAACUAGGUGGCAUUCUUGGAGAUCAUAUCACUUGCCUGCUAUUAUCAUUAUCAUCACCAUCCUCGAACACACUUGCUGACAAUUCAACUCCUUCCUCACCAUCAGAAUGGCCCGCACAAAACAAACAGCCCGUAAAUCUACUGGUGGUAAGGCACCCCGUAAGCAAUUGGCCACCAAGGCCGCACGCAAAUCUGCCCCAUCAACUGGUGGUGUCAAGAAACCCCAUCGUUACCGCCCAGGUACCGUUGCUUUGCGUGAAAUUCGUCGUUACCAAAAGAGUACCGAAUUGUUGAUCCGUAAAUUGCCUUUCCAACGUUUGGUUCGUGAAAUCGCUCAAGAUUUCAAGACUGAUUUACGUUUCCAAUCAAGUGCAGUUUUGGCUUUGCAAGAAUCUGCUGAAGCAUACCUUGUCUCCCUAUUCGAAGACACCAACUUGGCCGCCAUUCACGCCAAGCGUGUUACAAUUCAACCCCGUGACAUUGCUUUGGCUCGUCGUUUGCGUGGUGAACGCACUUAAACGGUGUGUGUGCAUAUCCAUUUGCUUUCGUGACCGGUUGAACUUUUGACAUCACUUGUAUACAAUAUAACCUGUCUAUGGCCAUGAGGAGCAUUUUCAAGACCUUUUGUUAUGCUUUUUCUUCAUGUUUUGCCACUUGUACCAUUACUAUCCUCUAUGACGCUCUGUUAAUCUGAGAGUUGCUA